AUGUUUAUACUUUGCAGCUUUAAAACAGCUCUUCGUUGCGUUAACAUUUGGUUUACGUACAUACCCCUACCAAGUAUCCAUUCAGCGAUAAUACGAUUAUAUAUUUAUGAAACGUGAACUCUUCCUUCAUAAAAUCGCACUUGCAAAGCUAAAGAAGAAAUCGCGACACUACUUACAGCGUAUUUGAAGAAAUUCGCCAUAACGAAUUAAGAAAUUUCAAAAAAAAGGAACAUUGUAGAGGAGAUAGAAAGAAAUUUUGCUGUUUUUGCCAUAAAGUCACCAUCAAGCUAAGGACAGUUUUCAAUUUUCGAGUCGUUAGAGGUAUGAAGGUGACGUUUACCAUAACAGCUUUCAUUCUUUCAAUUUCAUUGGUAUCUGCAAAUUGGCACCAGGACCCAGCGUAUUGUAACAAUGAGACGGUAAAAUUAACCGGCUAUCUCGGCAAGAACCUGCCACAUAAUUUCAUAGUUUCACCCAUUUUAAAAUGCAUAAGCGUAACACAUGGCGAAAUCCGGAACAUACAGGAAGGUGCAUUUGAUGAUGUGCCAAAUUUGAUGUAUCUAAAUCUCGAAAACAAUUAUAUUAGACCACCAAAUUUGUUUUCUUUUGGUAAUUUGCCAAACGUCAAAUCAUUAAUUCUCGGCAAUCAGCUUAAAAAGCCUCUACCAUGGGAAAUUACUAACGAUAUCAUGGUAGUAAAUACUGUGUACCCAAAGCUGUUACAUUUAAAUCUGAGAAAUGAUAAAAUCGAAUCCAUUAAAAUCAACGUACCUAAUCCUUUUCCGAAAUUAACGCAUUUAGAUCUUUCAAAUAAUCAUCUCUCUUGGUUUGACUUGCUGUUGUGGAGUAAUACACUUAUGCAACUGAAUCUUAACAACAAUCAAAUUUCGAAGAUCUGGCACAAAGAACUGAAAAAUUUGAUAUCACUCACAGUUGACGAUAACAGGAUUUCAAGUGUAGGAAAGAACUAUGAUCUCGAUCUGUCGGGACUGAGUAGUCUGGAAUACCUUUCGAUCUCCAACAAUCCAAUCACGGUACUUGAUGACACAGCAUUCGUCGACACGGCUAACCUUCGGUGUUUGAACAUGUCCGAAAAUGGUCUAACAGCACUGGAACCAGAAGUGUUUACGCCUUUGAUCUCUUUAGAAAUAACUAUAUUGAACAAUAAUAUGUUCCGCACGAUACCGUUUAUGAAACCUUUAAACAUAAGCACGCUGUUAAUGGAUUGCAAUAGGAUAACAAAUUUGACAUCAAACUCGUUAUCCAUGUUACCAAAUCUAAGAAAACUGAGUUUAGCUGGAAAUAUGAUUUCGAGCAUUCACGUGGAUACGUUUAAAUCUCAAGAACUAUUGGAAGAAUUAGAUUUGAGCGAUAACGAGUUAAAUCACUUGCCAGUACAUUGGGAUUUGCACACGGAGAACCUUCGAUAUUUAGAUUUAUCAGGGAAUAAAUUUAUUUCAAUUACACCAUUCUUAAGCACGACUAUCACCGCAUUGGAGCAAGUUUAUCUAGACGAUAAUCCUCUUAAAUACGUUGGCGGUAACAGCAUAACAAUACCAGAAAAUAUGACGAUUUAUUUGAACAUUGGCCAGAAACGUUCAAAACCCAUUUGUGUACGCAGGGGUAAACCAGAUCUGAUUAUAGUAGAUUAAAACUCGAUAGCAGAUAUUGAAAUUAUUAGCUUACAAGGUACUCUAAUUAGAAUUUGGUAAUA